CGAAGCACCGUCCUGAUCAGUCCGAGGCGCACCGUAUUCCUCUCAGAGCAUGCUCGCUGCACGCGACCCCCUCUCGCUUUCUCCUCUCCCUUCACGGAAGCGGAAGCGGAAGCGGUGUUCGCUCCGCGGGGUCGGGCCGCUAGCAGGCUCCGGAAGCCGCACUCCUUCACCUUCUUACUUGGAUUCCUGUCACUAUGGCACUGGCAGUACUGCGAGUCCUGGAGCCCUUCCCGACCGAGACGCCCCCGUUGGCGGUGCUGCUGCCACCCGGGGGCCCGUGGCCUGCGGCGGGGCAGGGCCUGGUGCUGGCCUUGCGGCCUGCGGGGGAGAGCCCGGCAGGGCCGGCGCUACUAGUGGCGGCCCUGGAGGGGCCGGGCGCGGGAACUGAAGAGCAGGGCCCCGGGCCCCCGGAGCUGCUGGUUAGCCGCGCGCUGCUGCGGCUUCUGGCACUGGGCUCCGGGGCCUACGUGCGGGCACGGCCCGUGCGGCGGCCCCCGGCACUGGGCUGGGUGCUGCUUGGCACCUCACCGGGGCCCGGGCUCGGACCGCGGGUCGGGCCGCUGCUGGUGAGGCGCGGGGAGGCCCUGCCUGUGCCCGGACCGCGGGUGCUGGAGACGCGGCCGGUGUUGCAAGGGCUACUGGGCCCGGGGACGCGGCUGGCUGUGACGGAGCUCCGCGGGCGGGCCAGACUGGGCCCGGAGACUGGGGACAUCUGUCGGCCCCCACCCCCGCCGGUGGUGUCCUCCUUCGCGGCUCUCGGCACAGUCCGGCGACUCCGGGGAGUUUUGGGAGGGACCGGAGACUCACUGGGGGUGAGCAGGAGCUGUCUCCGGGGUCUCGGCCUCUUCCAGGGCGAAUGGGUAUGGGUCUCCCGGGCAGGAGAGACAUCGAACGCUUCCCAGCCGCACUUGGCCACGAUGCAGGUCUUGGAGCCUCGUUGGGACCUGUCUGAGAGGCUGGGACCUGGGUCUGGGCAGCCGGGAGAGCCCCUGGCUGAUGGACUGGCUCUCGUGCCUGCCGCUCUGGCUUUUAAUCUCGGCUGUGACCCCCUGGAAGUGGGAGAGCUCAGAAUUCAGAGGUUCUCGGAAGGCUCCGGCACCUCUGAAGACAGAAGCUGCUCAGUACUGCCAGGGCCUCCGUUUGCCAGCGAGUUGCACAUCGAAAUUGUGUCCUCUCCCCACUACAGCACCAAUGGAAAUUAUGACCAUGUUCUUUACCAACACUUUCAGACACCCAGGGUAGUCCAGGAAGGGGAUGUUCUGUGUGUGCCAACAAUUGGGCGAGUAGAGACCUUGGAAGGAAGCCCAGAGAAACUGCCCAGGUGGCAGGAAAUAUAUUUUAAGGUGAAGAAAACAGUUGGGGAAGCUCCAGAUGGGCCAACCAGCACCUACUUGGCCGACACCACCCACACCUCCUUGUAUAUGGUGGGUUCUACCAUGAGCACUGUUCCCUGGCUCCCUUCGAGAGAAUACAAUUCCUGGAGCAGCUUGUCCCCUCCAGGCCUGGAGGCCUUGGUAACUGAGCUCUGUGCUGUCCUGAAGCCUCGCCUCCAGCCGGGGGGUGUCCUGCUGACCGGAACUAGCAGUGUCCUUCUACGGGGUCCCCCAGGCAGUGGGAAGACCACAGCAGUCCGUGCUGCCUGCAGCCGCCUCGGGCUCCACUUACUGAAGGUGUCCUGUACCAGCCUCUGUGCAGACAGUAGUGGGGCUGUGGAGACAAAACUGCAGACCACCUUCUCCCAGGCUCGGUGCUGCCGGCCUGCGGUCCUACUGCUGACAGCUGUCAACCUGCUGGGCCGGGACCGUGACGGGCUAGGUGAGGACACCCGCGUGGUAGCCACACUGCGUCACCUCCUCCUCGACGAGGACUCCCUCACCAGCUGCCCUCCCCUGUUAGUUGUGGCCACCACAAGCCGGGCCCAGGACCUGCCUGCAGAUGUGCAGACAGCAUUUCCUCAUGAGCUGGAGGUACCUGUGCUGUCAGAGGGGCAGCGGCUCAGCGUCCUGCGGGCCCUCACUGCCCACCUUCCCCUGGGCCAAGAGGUGAACCUGGCACAGUUGGCACGGCGGUGUGCGGGCUUCGUGGUUGGGGAUCUCUAUGCCCUCCUGAGCCACUGCAGCCGGGCUGCCUGCACCAGGCUCAAGAACUCAGGUUUGGCAGAUGGCUUGAAUGAGGAGGACGAAGGGGAGCUGUGUACCGCUGGCUUCCCCCUCCUGGCUGAGGACUUUGGUCAGGCACUGGAGCAGCUGCAGACAGCUCACUCCCAGGCUAUUGGAGCCCCCAAGAUACCCUCAGUGUCCUGGCAGGAUGUGGGUGGGCUGCAGGAAGUGAAGAAGGAGAUUCUGGAGACCAUUCAGCUCCCUCUGGAGCACCCUGAGUUGCUCAGCCUGGGUCUGAGGCGCUCGGGCCUCCUACUGCAUGGGCCCCCUGGCACUGGCAAGACCCUCUUGGCCAAGGCGGUGGCCACUGAGUGCAGCCUUACCUUCCUCAGUGUGAAGGGACCAGAGCUCAUCAACAUGUACGUGGGCCAAAGUGAGGAGAAUGUGCGGGAAGUGUUUGCCAGGGCCAGGGCUGCGGCUCCCUGCAUUAUCUUCUUUGAUGAAUUGGACUCCUUGGCCCCAAGCCGGGGGCGAAGUGGAGACUCUGGGGGUGUGAUGGACAGGGUGGUGUCUCAGCUCUUAGCCGAGCUGGAUGGGCUGCACUGCACUCAGGAUGUGUUUGUGAUCGGAGCCACCAACAGGCCAGACCUCCUGGACCCUGCCCUGCUGCGGCCUGGCAGAUUUGACAAACUGGUGUUUGUGGGGGCGAGCGAGGACCGGGCCUCCCAGCUGCGUGUUCUGAGCGCCAUCACGCGCAAAUUCAAGCUCGAGUCCUCUGUGAGCCUGGUGAAUGUGCUGGAUCACUGCCCUCCCCAGCUGACAGGUGCUGACCUCUACUCCCUCUGCUCGGAUGCCAUGACAGCUGCCCUCAAACGCAGGGUUCGGGACCUGGAGGAAGGGCUGGAGCCGGGGAGCUCAGCACUGCUGCUCACCAUGGAGGACCUGCUGCAGGCCGCUGCCCGGUUACAGCCCUCGGUCAGCGAGCAGGAACUGCUCCGGUACAAACGCAUCCAGCGCAAGUUUGCUGCCUGCUAGGAACCUCCCACACUCUGGAACCCUGCCAUGGCUAAAAGUACCCUAGGUUUCCUGACAGAGAAACCUGAGAGGAGAAGGCUCUUCCUCGGGCUACUGAUGGCCCACCUGAAGGCUGCUUCCCUCCAGGAGAUUCCCCCUGGGUGCAGAGUGUCAUUGGGAGCCCCACUGAGAUCCCCUGAAGCACCCCUGUCUUUCAACCCUCCUUUGAGGCCAGCGCCAACACUAUAGCUCAUCAUAGGAGGAGGGGCCAGGAGCUGGGGUUCUGGGGAUUGGGCACUGGGUUGGGGGGUGGGGGUGCCAGAUCUGGGCUGAAAAUAAAGUGCGUGCUGCCCCCUGCUGGUGAUGUGGGUGAAAGGUUGGAGGGGUACAGAGCAAGUGGUGGGCUAAGCCUUAGGGAAGGACAGGGGUGGGAGCCACAAGAGCUUGUUCCUCCCAACAGAAAUACAAGGCAUGCUGGAACGGUAA